CAUAGCCCAGCUUGUUCCAAUUUGCUUCUCCGAUUCAGUGUUCCCUGCAAAUAUAGGCUUGCAUCAAGUACGAGUACGUCCAUUGAUCUUGUUAAGCCUUUAUCUUGAUUUCAUUCACCUGCAAUAAGCAGUAAUGCUUUUCAUUCAAGUAUAUAUUAGUGCGUUGAGUUACCGAGGUUCGCCAUUGGCAGCGAAAAGUCUACUGCAAAUAAAACGCUCUAUAAGAAUGAACUCUUGGUUUAAGAAACGCUUAGAUUUUGGAAAUUACCAAGUCAUAGAAACUCCAGGUCAGGUCCUACAGACGCUAAGAUGUGUUCCGUCCAAAAUUAUGAAGCCUCUGUAUGCACAGGAUGGGCAAAGGAUUCCAAUUCCAGUUGCUGAGUCAACUAAACCUGAAAUAAAAUCCCAUACACAGAUAGAUGGUAUGAGGGCCUCCUGUAGACUUGCAAGAAAUGCAUUAAUUUAUGCUGAAGAAUUAGUCAUGGUUGGAACUACAACUGAAGAAAUAGAUAAAAAUGUGCAUGAAUACAUUAUUUUGCAUGGAGCUUAUCCAUCACCACUGCAUUAUAAAGGCUUCCCAAAAUCUAUUUGUACAUCUGUCAACAAUGUUGUGUGCCAUGGUAUACCUGAUAACAGAGCGCUAGUUAAUGGUGAUAUUAUAAAUGUGGAUAUCACUGUGUAUCUGAAUGGCUUUCAUGGCGAUGUUUCCGAAACUUUCCUCGUUGGUGACGUUGAUGAAAAAGGAAGAGAGCUAGUAGCAGUCACAAAGAAAUGUUUGGAUGAAGCUGUGGCAAUAUGCAAACCUGGCCGACCAUUUAACUACAUCGGUGAACAUCGCGCUGUCAUUGAAGCAUGUGCCAGAAAGCAUGGUUUCCGGGUUGUUCCUGCGUUUACAGGACACGGAAUAGGAUCUUACUUUCAUGGAGCUCCAGAUAUAUACCAUUUUAAAAAUACUGUACCGGGCCUGAUGGAAGCAGGGCAAACGUUUACUAUUGAACCUGCAGUUGCUCAAGGAAGUUCUCAAUGUAUCAUACUCGAAGACAAGUGGACUGCGAUAACAUCAGACGGAAGUAGGGCGGCUCAGUUUGAGCACACUGUGCUUAUCACCGAAAGCGGCGUAGAAGUGCUUACCUCAAAAUGACUCCAUUUAUUUUGAUGGAUUGACCCCUCUUCAGUACGUUGGUAAAGUUUAUGUAUAUUGACAACAAGGCACUAUUUAUUUAAUUAUUUCGUAAAGCAAAACAUUUUUAAAUGGAAACAGCACGAAUUCAAUUGAUACAAAAGAUGAGUGUAAUAGAAUGAGAAGAUAAAAGGUCACUCUUUCAAAGCAACACUGUUCAGUGGCUGAAUCAAUUCACCUGCGCCCGGGUUAGUGUUGCUUGCUUGUUGUACUUGCAUACGCACUUCAAAUACUUCUUGGAUGGCGUUUCGGAAACAAACGAAGUUGUAAUCGAUUAAUCCUGGAACAUAAACGUGCAAACAUUU